GCUGUCCGAAACUAAACAAUGCAAAAUAUGUUUGCGCCUUGCGGUGUUGUAAAAAAAUAUUAAUUUAUUUCAAGUACCUAGUAAAUUUACUCAACAACAUUUGAGUGUUUAGUAUAAAGCAUGGUUAAAAUAAUAUUCUUACACCCUGAUCUUGGAAUAGGGGGAGCAGAACGCCUUGUUUUGGAUGCAGCUUUAGCCUUCAAGAGUAAAGGCCACGAAGUAUGUUUUUAUACAAACCAUCAUGAUCCAUCUCAUUGCUUUGCCGAAACUAAAAAUGGCACAUUUCCAGUAACAGUAGUCGGAGAUUGGAUACCACGUUCAAUACUGGGAAGGUUUAAAGCGGCUUGCGCUUAUGUGCGUAUGGUAUAUGCGGCAGUUUACUUAGCCUGGUAUGUUAUACCUGUUCAGGAACCGACUCUUAUUUUUUGCGAUCUUAUUUCAUUAUGCAUUCCUUUUUUGAAAUUCGCCAGAGGACCGUUCAGAGUUGUGUUCUAUUGUCAUCACCCUGAUAAGCUCUUAUCGUCUGAAGGUGGAUUCCUUAAGAAGUUAUACAGGGCGCCAUUAAAUUGGUUAGAAGAACUGACAACAGCUCAAGCAGAUAAGGUUCUUGUGAAUAGCAAAUAUACAGCUCGAGUAUACAAAGAUGCAUUCCAAAAUAUCAAGGAUGUCCCAGAUAUUUGUUAUCCUUCAAUUAAUACAGAAUUCUUUAAGAAUACCACACCAAAAAAUCUAAAAGAAGUAGUGCCCGUUGGUACUGAUAAAUUCAUAUUUCUUUCUAUAAAUAGGUAUGAAAGAAAAAAGAACUUGCAACUUGCAUUAAGAGCACUAGAGCAUUUACGGCAUAUGUUGAGUGAAGAUGAUUGGUAUAGAGUUCAUUUAAUAAUGGCUGGUGGUUUUGAUCCUAUUAACUUGGAGAAUAUGGAACAUUAUAUUGAGCUGACAGAUUUGGCUGCAGAGUUAGAUAUAGAGGAUAAAGUCACAUUCAUGAAAUCCCCUAAAGAUAUUGAAAAAGUAUCACUAUUGUACCAUUGCAAUGCAUUGGUUUAUACUCCAUCAAAUGAGCAUUUUGGUAUUGUUCCAUUAGAAGCAAUGUAUUACAGUAAACCAGUGAUUGCAGUGAACAGUGGAGGGCCUACAGAAACAGUAGUAAAUGACGUCACCGGAUUCCUUUGUCCUCCCACAAGCAAGGCAUUCGCUAGCGCUAUGAACAAAUUGAUUCUUAACCAACAGUUAGGUGUAAAAUUAGGUGAAGCUGGAAGAAAGAGGUUUGAAACAAAGUUCUCAUUUGAUGCAUUUACUGAACAAUUAGAUGGAAUUUUAUCCCGAGAGAGGCAACUAAUUUCUGAAGCAAGGGCGAUUGAAUAUGACCAGAGGAAACGUAAAUAGCAUAAAGAUGACACUCCAACAAUAUUUGAUAUUGUUUGAGUGUUUAUUGAUCUGAGUCAAUAUUUUUGUAUACUUCUGAAAUAGCUUCCUUCAUAAUAAAUUUUGAUUGCAUUUAAAAUCAUUGUAAUUGUAGCUAUUUAUGCUUGAAGUGUAAAAUUAUUACUCAACUUUAAUCUUUACUAAGCACAGUCCAUAUGUUUGACCUCUUGCAUUCACUGAUUGUAAAGUUUUCCUACUAUUUGUGAUAUAUUACAUGUAAAUUGAAAUAAAUAGAGAAUGUUUCAAUGAUAUAUGGCUUCAUUUACCUUGAAACAGAUUAUUUUGUUAUAUGACAGAUGAAUAUAGUUAAUUUAGUUAAUUAUAAUAUAUGAGUGUUGUUUUGGCUAUUAAUGUAGGCCUAACCAAUUAUUACUGCUAAGCUUCUGUUGAUGUAAAUAAACAAAAUAGAAAUGGU